AUGAUUAGGGAUAAAGGUUUCUUUAGUUGUUUACUUGCAUUCUUAACACUCGUAGUAACACUAGUAACACUAGUAACACUCCACUUCCCAAGCCCCACCCAACUUCCCAAGUCCCACCCUACUUCCCAAGCCACACCCCACUUCCCAAGCCCCACCCCACUUCCCAAGCUCCACCCCACUUCCCAAGCCCCACCCUACUUCCCAAGCCACACCCCACUUCCCAAGCAACACCCCACUUCCCAAGCCUCACCCCACUUCCCAAGCCCCACCCCACUCUCCAAAACCCCACCCCACUUCCCAAGCCACACCCCACUUCCCAAGCAACACCCCACUUCCCAAGCCCCACCCCACUUCCCAAGCCCCACCCCACUUCCCAAGCCCCACCCUACUUCCCAAGCCUCACCCCACUUUCCAAGCCCCACCCCGCUUCCAAAACCCCACCCCGCUUCCCAAGCCACACCCCACUUCCCAAGCCACACCCCACUUCCCAAGCAUCACCCCACUUCCAAAUCCCCACCCCACUUCCCAAGCCCCACCCCACUUCCCAAGCCCCACCCCACUUCCCAAGCCCCACCCCAUCCACUUUCCCCUCGCCAUUAA